CUCGUGAUGCCGUGACGGCGUCUCUUCCCGCAGUCCACCUUUCCUUCUUUCUCUUCUUUCCUUCACGCCGUCGUCUACCCCGCCGGCGGCGAAACCGUGGUCGGACGGGGUAUACACGGGGAGAGCAAGAUGGGGAACGUGUUCGUGAAGAAGCCCAAGAUCACAGAGGUUGACAAGGCCAUCGUCGCCCUCAAGACGCAGCGCCGCAAGCUCGCGCUGUUCCAGCAGCAGCUUGAGAAGGUCAUCGAAGCAGAAAAGGAAGCUGCACGCCAGUUGGUUCAACAAAAGAAGAGAGACAGAGCUUUGAUUGCACUGAAGAAGAAGAAAUCCCAGGAAGAGCUGCUGAAACAAGUUGAUACAUGGCAAUUGAAUGUUGAACAGCAGCUAGCAGACAUUGAACUAGCAAGUAAGCAAAAGGCUGUAUUCGAAAGCCUAAAGACUGGAAAUGCUGCCCUUAAGUCUAUACAGAGUGAGAUAAACAUCGACGAUGUCCAAAAGUUAAUGGAUGACACAGCUGAGGCUAAGGCUUAUCAGGAUGAAAUAAAUGCCGCUCUUGGCGAACAACUAUCUGCUGAGGAUGAGGAGGCUGUCAUGGCUGAAUUCGAAAACUUGGAAGCUGAGCUUUCCCUUGAUUCUCUGCCGGAUGCUCCUGUUACUGCGGUACGACCUGAAGAGAAAACUAAUGCACCAGUUGACACUGAAGCUCCAGCUGAAGAUGUUGAUGAUGUUAUUGAGCUUCCUGAUGUACCCGUUAAAGCACCAAAGAGGCCAGAAGCUCCAGAAAAAACAAAAGUUUUGGAAGAACCACUACCUGCUUAGUUGGAUGGAGCUGAACUGAACAGGGAACUUCAAGUCCUGCUGUUUGCAGGAGUUGUAAAUUAUCUUCCUUUUGAUUGUACUAUAUUUCUGUCAUUUCAUAAUUUUCAAUGUGUACAGAAUCUAAAAUGCUGUUCUCAGUUAUCAGUUGAUGCAAUGAUGGUUUGCCUGUUGUA